AAGGGUAGGCCAAGGCAAAAGUCAGAAUUGGUCGGUCGUACACAAUUUGAGACGAAGAGGGUUGGAGAAUAGCAUGGCGUUGCAAGCAGGCGUGAACACCUCCAAGGUUCUCAUUCUGGUUGGAGCCGGUUUGAGUGGUUCUGUUUUGCUGAGGAGUGGCCAGUUAUCUGGUCUCAUCGCACAGCUUCAGGAGUUACUCAAGGGCGUCGACGAUGCUGAGAUUUUACCCGGCAGAUACGACGCUGCGCUUAUUGCUGCACAGAUUCGACAGCUAGCACAUGAGAUUAGGGAGUUGACGUUGUCUCGCCCUGUGAUCUUCAAUGCGAAUUCUUCUUCUUCUUCUGGGGGUAUUGGCUCUUACUUACUACCUGCUGCUGCAAUAGGAGCUAUGGGAUAUUGUUAUAUGUGGUGGAGGGGAUGGUCAUUUUCUGAUGUAAUGUUUGUGACAAAGAGGAAUAUGGUUAAUGCUGUAGCAAUUGUGUCAAAACAAUUAGAAAAUGUACAUGAAACAUUGGCAUCAACAAAACGGCAUCUUACAAAGAGGUUGGAAGGUCUUGACUUGAAGUUGGAAGAGCAUAAUGAGUUGGGUCAACUUAUAUCAAAUGAUGUGAAUGAAGUGAAGUCAAACCUUUCUCAGAUUGGAUUUGAUAUUGAAGUUAUACACAACAUGAUUUCUGGGCUGGAAGGGAAACUCGAACUUGUUGAGGGCAAGCAGGAAAUGACCAAUUCAGGUCUCUGGUAUUUGUGCCAAUUUGCUGAUGGAUUUAACGACAGACCAAAUGGUGACAAGGAUAUUGCAGAACCGACAACUUGUACAGUAACGACACUUGAGAAAAAAUCACUCAAGGGUUUACAAUUCAUUGCUACAACUAGUGACACAGCUGAGAAAUCGACCAUAAUAACAAAGAAAGUUGGUCUCAUUUCUUCAAAUGACAAAGAUCCUGCUUCGAAACAAAGAAUACACAGGAGGUCAUUUCCUCUGGGCAUUUCUGUGAGCAAUGGCCUUACCGGAUUGGCGAGCGAUUAAUAUUUUUUCUGAUGAACCAGCUCGAUCCCAAUUGAUUCAGUACCAUUACUUCUCACAUGGAGAGCAGAUGGUGAUUGCAAUAUAUUUUUUACGUUGACCAAAGUUUGUCCGACACACCCUCAUCUCAAAAUUAACCUUUUUUGUAUAUCUCGUAUACGAAAAUUUCAAGACAGCAUACAGUGAUAUGAUAAGAUCUUGUAUCUUCUUUUGUCAUGUGUGUUUAAAAUGGUUCUGCAAUAUUCCUUCA